CGCAUUGGUUGGUUGUGUUUAUUAUCAGUCUCGCACAAAAAAGGCAAAAAAUAAAAAUAAAAUUAGAAAAAAAUUCUAACAAGAUUAUUUUAUCACUUCACCUGCGAGAUCAUAAAUUGUCGUUAUGUAUUCAGCAGUUAGUCGUGUUCGGUGUACUGCAGGACGAGCAAUUCUCAGUCAAUUUACGCGAGGAUGUGCAACGGUCCAAGAGCCUUCAGGGCCUGCGAUGAAAACGGAAUGCCCGGGACCAAAAACGAAGCAAUUGACGAAAGAAAUGGAUCCCAUUCAUAACGCCCAAUCCAUUCAAUUUUUCGUCGAUUACGACAAAUCGCAGGGAAAUUACAUCGUUGAUGUCGAUGGAAACGUGAUGCUCGACAUCUACACACAAAUCUCGUCUGUUCCCUUGGGUUACAAUCAUCCCGAAAUGUUGAAAGUCUUCAAAAAUGAUCAUAAUUUGAAGAGUUUGGUAAAUCGCCCUGCUUUGGGAAUUCUCCCUGGAAGCGAUUGGCCUGCUAAAUUACAAUCGACAUUGAUGUCUGUCGCUCCAAAAGGCUUAAACAUGGUUACAACGAUGAUGUGUGGCUCAUGCUCGAACGAAAAUGCAUAUAAAGCGAUUUGUAUGUGGUAUCAAAAAAAUCGCAAAGGUCGUGUCGAUUUUACGCCCGAAGAAAUGGAAUCUUGCAUGAAAAAUGUUCCUCCAGGAUCUCCCGAUUUGAGUCUUUUGUCGUUCCAAGGAGGAUUUCACGGUCGAACUUUUGGGGCUUUAACGACAACGCAUUCGAAAUAUGUUCACAAAAUCGACGUUCCAAGUUUCGAUUGGCCAUUUGCUUCAUUUCCCGUUUACAAAUAUCCUUUGGAAGAGAAUGUUGCUUACAAUCAAGCACAAGACAAAAAAUGUUUGGCUGAAGUCGAAGAUUUGAUCGAAAAAUAUGCGAAAAAGGGAAAACCCGUUGCCGGAGUUGUUGUUGAACCUAUUCAAAGUGAGGGAGGAGACAAUGAAGCUUCGCCGGAAUUCUUCCAAGAAUUGCAACGCAUCGCAAAACGACAUAAUGCAGCAUUAUUGAUCGAUGAAGUUCAAACAGGCGGAGGACCAACAGGCAAAUUUUGGUGUCACGAACACUUCAACCUCGAUUCUCCCCCCGAUGUCGUAACAUUCAGCAAGAAAAUGCAACUUGGCGGAUAUUAUCACAAUUUGGAUAUGCGCCCCGCACAAGGAUAUCGCAUUUUCAAUACAUGGAUGGGAGAUCCAGGCAAACUGCUUUUGCUCGAAGCUGUACUGAAUGUUGUCAAGCGUGAAAAUCUUCUCGAUCGCGUCAACAAAUCUGGCGCAAAAUUGAAAUCAGGAUUGUUAGCUGCCGAAAAAGAAUUUCCCGCAAUUCUUAAUUCGACACGUGGGCGAGGAACAUUCUUGGCUAUCAAUUGCAAAGAUACCAAAACUCGCGAUAAUAUUGUUCAUCGUUUGCGUCAAAAAGGUAUUCAAUCAGGCGGAUGCGGCGAUCUUGCUAUUCGUUUCCGACCCGCAUUAAUCUUUGACGAGAAACAUGCCGACAUCUUCCUUGAUCGUUUCAGACAAGUUUUGAAGGAAUUGUAAAGAAGCAUUUUUUUAACGAAAAAAAAACAGUAGAAUUGCAUUUCAUAACAGAACAUAAGAUAGAUGCUCAAAUCGUCGCUCAAAUUUAAAUCUAUUACAGUUAAUUAAGUUUAAUUUAUAAACAACGACUAUACAUUACAAUUUCUACAGAUGGUGCGAGAAACGAGAUUCAAUCCAAUUGAAACAAUUGAAUGUGUCGUGUAUAGUUGUGACACAGUUUUUAUUUUUUAAUGAAAUCAAUAUAUUUUUGUUAUUUUUCCAUUUGAAAACACAGAACAAGUAUUAUGAUAAUUUAGCUUUUGACCAAAUGAAGUUCAAGGUUACCAUAGAAAAUCACCAAAGCGCAUAAUUCCAUUUGAAUUGCAUUUACAGUACCAAAGAUACGAAAAAUAUAUAAAAGCCUUUGACAGCAAAGAGUCUUCCAUUGAUGUUACAAUGUUUAAAAUUAAUGUUGUUUCGAUGUUUUAACAAAAAAAUCAACCAAAGAAGUGCAAAAUUUACUUUAAGUUGAUUCAAACUGUUAUAAUUUGCCAAUAUGAAUAAAGUAAGA